AUGAGGACUUCACCAAUCCUAUUCAUCUCCAUUGCCCUCAUGCUGAUGAUGUCUUCAGAUAGUGAUGGCCCACAACAGCAAAUGUGUUCCCAAAGGAUGCCAGUGCGAAGCAUGCUGGGCAAGACCGUCGAGCUCGUCAUCAAACUCACCACUGAGUUAGGCCACAUGGACAUAAAACUUUAUUUCAUGGUUUAUGUUUGUGGAAUGAAAUUCGAUUUUGUGGUUGGUCGAGUAAUAGUAGUGAUGACAAGCCUCAAGUAA